GAUUCGAAAACUGACCCAGAAAUCAAUUCGAGUGAACUUGUAUUUUAAUAAUUAUGUUUCUUUUGCAGUUUACGGUAAACCGACCUCCAACGAUGAUUACGACCCGAACUUCGAUGAAGAAGAGAACAACAACGAUAUGCAGAAGGACGAAUACGAUGAAUACGACGGCGAAUCGCAAGAUGAUGGAGAUGAUGAUGACGACGUAGCGCCUGUGAUCACGUCCAAUCCGGAAACGAAGGUCGUCAAGCCUGGAGCUAGCGUACUUCUUCCCUGUGAUAUCGAAGGAACCUUCGAUUCGUACGUCGUCGUUUGGGAGAUCAACGAUAAGAUUAUCUUUCAAGAUCGGCUCAUUCUCAGCGGUUUUGAUGCCAAUAAGUAUGAGCUCAUGGAGAACAAGUCGAUGGUCAUCAACAAUAUCAAUGAGGAUGAUGAGACCGAUUAUACCUGCAAGAUCAUGAUUAAAAACGAGGCACCCAAGGUUACGCACAAGGUUAUUUUGGCGAAGGCUCCGAUCAUCACUUCUUUGAUUGCCGAAAAGAACGUGCAAGAGUACAAAUCGGGAGAUACAUUAAACUUGACUUGCAUCGCCAGCGGUCUUCCUAAACCUAAGAUCAUCUGGUCUUUGAAGGGAAAGACGUUCUCUUCGCAAGACAAAACUUUGAUCAUUGAAAAUAUUAAGCACGCAGACAGCGGUAGCUAUCAAUGCCUCGCCGACAACAGCAUCGGACAACCGGCUCACCAAUCUUUGACAAUUCAAGUUAUGCAUAAACCAAUUGUGUCGAUCCAAAAAUUGCCAUCAAACAUUGGAGAAGAUUCCUACGACAUCGACUUGAAGUGCGUGGUGCAUUCAACCCCCGGAGCCAUUGUCGAGUGGAGGAAGAAUGGCGUCAAGUUGGACAAUAAGAUUAGGAUCAAGAACAACUUCCACAUCCUGACUUUGGCUCAGGUCAAGGAAUCCGACUUCGGCACGUACACCUGUCACGCGGUGAACCAAGUUGGCGAGAACGAGCAGCACAUCAGCCUGAUGAACACCCCUAGUAAGCCGGUGUACUUGGAAGGAAGCAGGGACGAAAAAGCCAAGGACGUAAAUCUGAUCUUCGAUGUUGAAUCCAUCUUCCCCAUCACCGAGUACACACUCUACUACAAGAAGCAUUCUGAUGAGAAGUGGAUGGAAGAGAAACCGGUGGUGCACGAAGCCGAAGGAAACGUGUUCAAGAUCAAGCAGACCUUGUACUUGCCAGAGGGAAGCUUCGAAGUCAAAGUGAAGGCUAAGAACAUGCACGGUUGGUCCGAGGAAUCCAAAGUAUUGCAUUUCAAAACCAAGAAGUCCCAUCACCAACACCAACAUAAGCACCACAACACUUCUCCUGAAGAAGCGCACGAAACAAUGCCCAAAGAGUCUCCAGUCAAAGAAUCGCAGUCCACGUCCACGAGUUCCGAGCCGAAGAUGCCGAUGGCCACCCUCGUGUGCCUGAUGUUCGCAUCGAUACUGUUUAGAUACUAGACCAGAGAUCCUUCCGAGUACUUGGUAGUCCACCGCAGAGCAACAGAGAGAAUUAACCAAAGUAUUUAAAUUGUUUUAGACUUAAGUAAAUUAUAUAUACAAGAAAAAA